CCAUUCUAUAAAUACCACUGCAUGUAGCCUAGCAUCUCCAUCUACCAUAGCAAGCCAUAUACUGUAUCUCUGGAAAACACACCAUGACGUCCUUACUGCACAAACCAUUCUCCUCAUUCUUUCUCCACCUCUUUGUUCUUCUUCACAUGUUCUACUUUUCUCCUUUCUUUGCUUUUGCUGAUCAUACUUCCUCUGCAACUCCAAUAUUUGGUACGACUGCUAGUGCUGCCAAAUACAAAGUUGCUGGAGGUAAAUUUACAGAAGCUGAGGCUCUUCUCAAGUGGAAAGCAAGUCUUGACAGUCAAAGCCAGUCCCUCUUGUCUUCUUGGGUCGGCAUCAGCCCUUGCAUUAAUUGGAUUGGAAUCAAUUGUGACAAUUCUGGAAGUGUCACCAACUUGACGCUUCAGAGUUUUCGUUUGAGAGGUACCCUUUAUGAUUUCAACUUCUCAUCCUUCCCCAAUCUUCUCAUUCUUGACCUUCGGAAGAAUUCUCUUUCCGGAACUAUUCCAUCACAAAUUGGUAAUCUAUCCAAAAUUAUUGAGUUGAACUUGUGUGAUAAUGAGCUCACGGGAAGUAUCCCAUCUGAGAUAGGCUUCUUGAAAAGUCUCAGUUUGUUAAGUUUAUGUGAAAACAAACUCUCUGAUUUUAUUCCUCAUGAAAUUUGUUUGCUAGAAACUCUUAAUCAACUUGACUUGUCAAUUAAUGUUUUAAGUGGUAGAAUCCCAAAUUCAAUUGGAAACUUGAGAAACUUAUCUUUGCUCUACCUUUUUCAAAACCAACUCUCUGGUCCCAUCCCUUCUUCUAUUGGAAAUUUGAGAAAUCUAUCCAUACUCUUUCUUUGGAGCAACAAACUUUCUGGUUUCAUUCCACAAGAAAUUGGGUUGCUAGAAUCUCUUAAUCAACUUACCUUGUCAAGCAACGUUUUAACUGGUGGAAUCCCCUCAACUAUUGGAAAUUUGAGAAACCUAUCUCUACUUUUUCUUUGGGGUAACAAGCUUUCUGGUUCUAUUCCUCAAGAAAUCAUGUUUUUAGAGUCUCUCAAUCAACUUGACUUGUCAUAUAAUAUUUUAACUGGUGAAAUCCCUAAUUUCAUUGGAAAUUUAAAAGAUCUAUUCGUGCUCUUUCUUGGAGGUAACAAACUCUCUGGUUUCAUUCCUCAAGAAAUUGGGUUGCUAAAAUCUCUCAAUAAACUUGAUUUGUCAAGUAAUGUUUUAACUGGUGGAAUUCCUUAUUCCAUUGGAAACUUGACCAAGUUGUCUUGGCUUUUCCUUAAUCGAAACCAACUCUCCGGUCCCAUUCCUCAAGAAAUUAUGUUGCUACAGUCUCUUAAUCAACUUAACUUGUCAAAUAAUAUUUUAACUGGUGAAAUCCCUAAUUCCAUUGGGAAUUUGAGAAACCUAUCAUUUCUCAAUCUUUUGGAUAACAAGCUCUCUGGUUUCAUUCCUCAAGAAAUUGGAUUGCUAGAGUCUCUCAAUGAACUUGACUUGUCAAGUAAUAUUUUCACGGGUGAGAUCCCUAAUUCCAUUGGGAAUUUGAGAAACCUUUCCAUACUUUAUCUAGAGAGUAACAAACUUUCUGGUCCUAUUCCUCUUUCUAUCUGGAACAUGACCAUGCUCACUACACUUGGUCUGGGUCAGAAUAAUUUAUCUGGAUAUGUUCCUUCAGAAAUAGGACAACUUAAAUCUCUAGAGAAAUUAAGCUUCGUGAAGAAUAAACUUCAAGGCCCAUUGCCCCUAGAGAUGAACAAUCUCACCCAUUUAAAGUUUUUGAGCUUGUCUGACAAUGAAUUCACGGGUCAUUUGCCACAAGAGGUAUGCCAUGGAGGAGUAUUGGAAAAUCUUACCGCUGCCAACAACUAUUUCUCCGGUUCCAUCCCGAAAAGCUUGAAAAACUGUACCGGUUUACACCGACUAAGACUUGAUAGGAAUCAAUUGACAGGAAAUAUUUCUGACGAUUUUGGCAUCUAUCCACAAUUGGAUUAUGUUGAUUUGAGUUACAAUAAUUUUUAUGGCGAGCUUUCUUUGAAAUGGGGAGAUUAUCGUAACAUAACGAGCUUUAAAAUCUCAAACAAUAAUGUUUCUGGGCAGAUACCAGCAGAGCUCGGGAAGGCUACUCAGUUACAAUCGAUUGAUCUGACAUCAAAUCACUUAGAAGGAACCAUCCCAAAAGAAUUAGGGGGGUUGAAGCUGUUGUACAGCCUUACUCUUAGCAACAACCAUCUUUCAGGUGUCAUUCCUUCAGACAUCAAGAUGCUUUCUUCUCUCAAAAUCCUUGAUUUAGCAUCUAAUAAUCUAAGUGGAUCGAUUCCAAAACAACUUGGAGAGUGCUCAAAUUUAUUGUUGCUGAAUCUCAGUGAUAAUAAAUUUACAAAUAGCAUUCCACAGGAGAUAGGCUUUCUGCGUUCUCUUCAAGAUCUUGAUCUUAGUUGCAAUUUCUUAGCUCAAGAGAUACCGUGGCAACUUGGGCAACUGCAAAUGUUGGAAACUCUGAAUGUCUCUCACAACAUGCUUUCUGGAUUGAUUCCGCGCUCUUUCAAAGAUUUAUUAAGCUUGACAGUUGUGGAUAUAUCAUCCAAUAAGCUACAAGGCCCCAUUCCCGAUAUCAAAGCCUUCCACAACGCUUCAUUUGAGGCAUUAAGGGAUAAUAUGGGUAUAUGUGGCAACGCCAGUGGUCUAAAGCCAUGCAAUCUUCCAGAAAGCAGCAGAACUGUUAAGAGAAAUAGCAACAAACUUGUUAUUUUGAUUGUACUCCCUCUUUUAGGAAGCUUACUCUCAGUGAUUGUUGUGAUUGGAGCUUUAUUCAUUCUCCGCCAAAGAACUAGGAAGAGAAAAGCUGAGCCAGAAAAUGAACAAGAUCGAAACAUAUUCACGAUAUUGGGCCAUGAUGGGAAGAAGUUGUAUGAGAAUAUCGUCGAAGCUACAGAGGAAUUCAACUCCAACUACUGCAUUGGCGAAGGAGGAUAUGGAACUGUUUAUAAAGCCGUGAUGCCAACAGAACAGGUGGUUGCUGUGAAGAAACUUCACCGGUCACAAACAGAAAAGUUGUCCGAUUCUAAAGCUUUUGAAAAGGAAGUUUGUGUGUUGGCAAAUAUUCGACAUCGAAAUAUUGUGAAAAUGUAUGGAUUUUGCUCACAUGCAAAGCAUUCUUUUUUGGUUUAUGAGUUCAUUGAAAGAGGAAGCUUGAGAAAGAUUAUAACCAGUGAGGAACAAACAAUUGAGUUCGAUUGGAUGAAAAGGCUAAAUGUUGUGAAAGGGAUGGCUGGGGCUUUAUCCUAUCUACACCAUUCUUGCUCUCCUCCGAUCAUUCAUCGAGACAUUACCAGCAAUAAUGUCCUUCUGGAUUUGGAAUAUGAGGCACAUGUCUCUGACUUUGGCACAGCUAGAAUGUUGAUGCCUGACUCAUCCAAUUGGACCUCAUUUGCAGGUACUUUUGGAUAUACUGCUCCAGAGCUAGCUUACACGAUGAAAGUGACUGAAAAAUGUGAUGUCUAUAGCUUCGGAGUGGUAACAAUGGAAGUGAUGAUGGGAAGGCACCCAGGCGAUCUCAUCUCCACAAUCUCAUCACAAGCAUCUUCCGCAUCAUCUUCGAAGCCACCGAUUUCUCAACAGACAUUGUUGAAGGAUGUGCUUGACCAACGCAUCUCGCUUCCUAAAAAAGGAGCAGCAGAGGGUGUUGUCCAUAUCAUGAAGAUAGCACUCGCAUGCUUGCAUCCCAAUCCGCAAUCCCGACCUACAAUGGGAAGAAUCUCUUCGGAGCUUGCAACUAAUUGGCCUCCUUUGCCAAAGGAAUUUUACACAACAAGUUUGGAAGAUAUAUUCUCACACACAUGCAGUUAAUGUGAUUAUAUGAUCAGCUUUGUAGAAAUUAUAGGUUACCAAGGCGGGCUUUGUUGGGUUUUGGCCAACUUUCUUCGAUUGUCUUCUUGAAAAAUAAAUGUUGUAAUUUGCUAUAGAUUGUGUUCAUGGGUUGUAAGUGCGUGAGGAAAUACUGUUUUAUAAUGGAUUGAUCAUUCAGUA